CAGCGGCAUGUGGACGACAGACACACCGGAGACGUGUGCGGGUACUUUAUGCUGACCGGUCCGGGCUCUCACUGGAGCGCAUGACCCGCUGUGAUGGCCGGGGGACGCAGAGGACUAGUGGCCCCACAAAACACUUUUCUGGAAAAUAUUGUCCGACGGUCUAACGUUUGGACAUUAUCACAUAGACACACAGACACAAACUUUGUGUUGGGAAAUGCCCAGAUCGUUGACUGGCCCAUCGUUUACAGUAAUGAUGGCUUUUGUAAGCUGUCCGGCUACCACCGUGCUGAGGUCAUGCAGAAAAGCAGCACUUGCAGCUUCAUGUAUGGAGAGCUCACAGAUAAAGACACGUGUGAGAAAGUUCGGCUGACUUUCGAGAACUAUGAGAUGAACUCGUUUGAAAUCUUGAUGUACAAGAAAAACAGAAUGCCGGUUUGGUUUUUUGUGAAAAUAGCACCUAUACGAAACGAACAGGAGAAGGUUGUGCUCUUCCUGUGUACGUUUAGUGACAUCACAGCAUUCAAACAGCCAAUCGAAGAUGACUCCUCUAAAGGCUGGGGGAAGUUUGCUCGUCUAACCAGGGCUCUGACCAGCAGUAGAGGGGUCCUGCAACAACUGCAGCCCACCGUACAUAAAGGAGAGAAUGUACAUAAACACUCGCGCCUUGCGGAGGUUCUCCAGCUGGGCUCAGACAUCCUGCCCCAGUACAAACAAGAGACGCCCAAGACCCCUCCUCACAUCAUCCUGCACUACUGUGCCUUUAAAACCACCUGGGACUGGGUGAUCCUCAUUCUCACCUUCUACACCGCCAUCAUGGUGCCCUACAAUGUCUCGUUUAAAACCAAGCAGAACAACGUCACCUGGCUGGUUGUGGACAGCAUUGUGGAUGUGAUCUUUUUGGUAGACAUUGUACUGAAUUUCCACACCACGUUCGUGGGCCCGGCCGGGGAAGUGAUAUCAGACCCAAAACUGAUUCGCAUGAAUUACUUGAAAACCUGGUUUGUGAUUGACUUGUUGUCCUGUCUGCCUUAUGAUGUCAUCAACGCCUUUGAGAAUGUGGACGAGAACUGGAAUCAUCGAGCUGUCACUCAAGGUAUCAGUAGCUUGUUUAGCUCCCUGAAGGUGGUUCGGCUGUUGCGUCUGGGCCGGGUGGCUCGGAAACUAGAUCACUACAUCGAAUAUGGCGCGGCUGUUUUGGUUCUGUUAGUUUGCGUGUUUGGACUGGCGGCCCACUGGCUGGCCUGCAUCUGGUACAGCAUUGGAGACUAUGAGGUUCUGAGCGAGGAUCGUGAAAAGGUACGUCCGGAAAGCUGGCUUUAUAUGCUGGGUGAGACCAUUGGGACACCCUAUCACUACAACGUCAGCGGGACGGGAAAAUGGGAGGGCGGACCUACGAAAGAUUCAGUCUACAUCACAUCCCUGUACUUCACCAUGACAAGCCUGACCAGCAUUGGCUUUGGAAAUAUUGCUCCAACCACAGAUGCAGAGAAGAUCUUUGCUGUGGCCAUGAUGAUGAUUGGAUCUCUCCUCUACGCCACCAUCUUCGGUAACGUGACGACUAUCUUCCAGCAGAUGUAUGCUAACACGAACCGCUAUCACGAGAUGCUCAACAGCGUGCGGGAUUUCCUCAAGCUGUACCAGGUGCCCAAAGGCCUGAGCGAGAGGGUUAUGGAUUACAUCGCCUCCACCUGGUCCAUGUCCCACGGUAUUGACACCGAAAAGGUUUUGCAGAUCUGUCCUAAAGACAUGCGUGCUGAUAUAUGCGUGCACCUGAACAGGAAGGUUUUCAAGGAACAUCCUGCUUUCCGUUUAGCCAGUGACGGCUGUUUGCGGGCUUUGGCCAUGGAGUUCCAGACCAUCCACUGCGCUCCAGGCGAUCUUAUCUACCAUGCGGGCGAGAGCGUGGACAGCCUCUGUUUUGUGGUGUCAGGGUCACUGGAGGUCAUCCAAGACGACGAGGUGGUUGCCAUUCUGGGUAAAGGUGAUGUGUUUGGGGACGUGUUCUGGAAGGAGGUGACGCUAGCUCAGGCGUGUGCUAAUGUGAGAGCGUUAACCUACUGUGACCUGCAUGUGAUCAAACGGGACGCACUUCAGAAAGUCCUAGAGUUCUACACCGCCUUCUCCAACCACUUCUCACGAAACCUCCUGCUUACGUACAACCUGCGCAAACGGGACAGUAGAAGUAAGUGGGGGAGAGAGAGGAGGUCGAGAUUGGGAAAGGACCACAAGGUGGGAUUCGAUCUCGGGAUGCCCGAAGCGCAACUGCGCCACAUGUCAGCGCGCUGCCCACAAGGCUAUCAGCACAGACUCAUUUAG